AGUGCGUCGUGUUGAGCUCCACCCCCUGCAGUACAGCGACUGAUUAGCUAUUGUGUGCGGGUCGUUUCUAAUUUGGUUCCGUGCUGGAAAUACUGUGUGUUUUUUAAUAUUUAUAUAAAAAAUACACGACACAGGGCAAGAUGAGCAAGCGAAAAGCCCCGCAGGAGAGUCCGAACGAAGGCAUUACUGAUUUUCUGACAGAGUUGGCCAAUUACGAGCGGAAUGUGAACCGAGCGAUCCACAAGUACAACGCGUACAGGAAAGCUGCGUCCGUUAUCUCCAAGUACCCGGACAAGAUAAAGAACGGAAACGAAGCGAAGAAGCUGGAUGGUGUUGGUGCAAAGAUAGCAGAGAAGAUUGAUGAGUUUCUGUCCACCGGGAAGCUCCGGAAAAUCGAGAAGAUCCGCAGUGAUGACACCAGCUCUUCAAUCAACUUCCUCACCAGAGUGACAGGCAUUGGGCCCGCUGCAGCACGGAAGUUUGUGGAGGAGGGAGUGAAGACCCUGGAUGAUCUGAAGAAGAUUGAACACAAGCUCAACCAUCAUCAGCAGAUUGGCCUCAAGUACUUUGAGGAUUUUGAAAAGAGGAUCCCCAGAGCUGAGAUGCUGAAGAUGCAGGACCUCAUUCUGAGCGAGCUGGAGACGCUGGAUCCAGAGUACAUCGGCACCGUCUGCGGGAGCUUCAGGAGAGGUGCAGAGUCAAGUGGUGAUAUUGAUAUUCUUCUCACCCAUCCCAACUUCACCUCGGAGUCGACUAAACAGCCCAAGCUGCUGCAUGCGGUCGUGGAUCACCUGCAAGGGACCGGCUUCAUCACUGACACUCUGUCCAAGGGGGAGGCCAAGUUCAUGGGGGUGUGCAAGCUGCCAGAUGAUGAUGAGGGCUCGGAUUGCCUCCACCGCAGGAUUGAUAUUAGAUUGAUCCCCAAGGAUCAGUAUUACUGCGGCGUUCUGUACUUCACUGGCAGCGACAUCUUCAACAAGAACAUGCGGACCCACGCCUUGGAGAAGGGCUUCACUCUGAAUGAGUACACCAUCCGCCCGCUGGGGGUCACCGGUGUGGCAGGCGAGCCUCUCCCAGUGGACAGCGAGCAGGACAUCUUCGAGUACAUCGAGUGGCGAUACCGUGAGCCUAAAGACCGCAGCGAGUGAUCGUCCAGCAGCGUCCAGCCACCACUGACCAAGAAACAAAGUGGGGUGUGGGAGGAUUGCAUUGCUGGGGGGG